CCGGGAGCACACACAGGAGGAGGCUGGCUUGCAGCGGGGAGCGAGAACGGCUUGUUGCUGGCUGGCAAACGAAGCAGAGCUCGGUGAAUGCCGGGGGCUCUCGGUUUUGCUCUCCCCCGGAGUCCAGGCGGCGUGUGCAGUGGGUGGCCGACGCGUCCUGCCUUGCUAGUUAUACAACCCUGGAAACAUGAGGUACAUCAGCACUCGAGGAGAAGCCGGAAGCGUUGACUUUGAAGGAGCCCUCUUUUCUGGCUAUGCCCCGGAUGGUGGCCUUUACAUGCCCAAGGAAAUCCCUACCCUGGACUAUCACACCCUGCGAACAUGGAGUACCUUCUCCUAUCCAGAACUGGUGAAAGAGCUGAGUUCCCUCUUCAUCUCCUCUGAACUCAUCCCACGGAAAGAGCUGAACGAUCUGAUUGACAGGGCCUUCCGGCGGUUCAGACACAAAAACAUUGUGCAUCUAGCCAGGCUGAAGAACGGGUUGAAUGUUUUGGAGCUCUGGCAUGGGGUCACUUAUGCCUUCAAGGACUUGUCCUUGUCCUGCACUGGUCAGUUUUUACAGUACUUCCUGAAGAAGAGGAAGAAGCACGUCACGAUUCUCGUAGGAACUUCAGGAGACACUGGCAGCGCGGCAAUUGAAAGUGUGCGAGGCGAAAGCAGUAUGGACAUUUUUGUUCUAUUACCCAAAGAUCUCUGCAGCCAGAUACAAGAGCUGCAAAUGACGACGGUGAUCGAGGAGAACGUCCACGUGUUCACUGCUCUUGGAAACAGCGAUGAAAUUGAUGAACCAAUCAAAGAAUUGUUUGCUGAUGCAGAUUUUGUCAGACAACACAAUCUGAUGAGUUUGAACUCAAUCAACUGGUCCCGGGUUAUGGUGCAGAUCGCUCACUACUUCUACGCUUACUUUCAGUGCACUCCAUCCAUGGACGUGACUCCACUGCCAACUGUGGAAAUCGUUGUACCAACGGGGGCUGGAGGAAAUGUCACAGGUGGAUAUAUCGCACAGAAAAUGGGCCUUCCAAUCCAACUGGUCGCUGUGGUAAAUAAGAACGACAUUAUCCACAGGGCAAUUCAGCAUGGAGAUUUCUCAUUGUCAGAGAGUGUUAAGCCCACCUUAGCUUCUGCAAUGGAUAUUCAGGCUCCGUACAAUGUGGAGAGGAUCUUGUGGCUGCUUUCGGACUGUGAUGGCAGCCUGAUUAAAACUCUGAUGGAACAGUUUUACAUGUCGAGAAGCCUGACCCUGCCAGAAGAAUUACACAGAAAGCUUUCUGACAUCCUGCGCUCAUGUUCCGUGUCUGACGAAGAUAUCGUUCAAGCAAUGAGGCGCUGUUGGGAAGAGAACAGCUACCUGUUAUGUCCCCACUCAGCUGUGGCUGUUCAUUACCAUUAUAGGCAAUUGAAGUGCCAUCUUAGCAGCAGACCCAGGUGCUGCUUAGCACCCGCCUCGGCAGCGAAGUUCCAGGAUGCCGUGCUCAGAGCCAAGCUUGUUCCUGAAGUUCCGCCCGAGAUACAAGCUUUAAAAGCGAUGGAGACCAGGUCCACCACCCUGACGCGGGAAGACGACUGGGCAAAAACCCUAAGAGACAGAAUAGAAGCCGUGGCCAAGCACAGACAAACCUAGGUGGAGUUCAUCAGACCCUGAAUAUGGAAUAACUGGGUGGUUGCCUAUAAAAGAAAAAGCUGCCUUAGCCCUGGUCCACACUAUGGAGUUAUUUUGAAAUAAUUCCCCUUAUUUCAAAAUACCAUCCAGAGCAUCCACACUACCAAGCCUGUUAUUUUGAAAUAAAGGGCUGGUUAUUUUGAAAUAAUAACUCCUGCUUUCCAUGAGGAAUAAUGCUUAUUUGGAAAUAGAGUUAGUGUGGAUGCUCCACUGCUGCUAUUUUGAAAUAACUGCUCCCCUAGAGUCAUUCAGGGUAAUUACUUCCCAGUACUUCCUGGGGCUCUAAGUCGAGGUAGAAUGCCUGCAAUAAGGGAGCCUGCCUCAAACUGAUUUCGAGGCUUCCCUGUAGUGUGGAUAUGCUAUUUCGAAAUAGUUAUUUCGGGCGUUAUUUUGAAAUGAAAUAAAUUCCUAGUGUAGACGUGCCCUUAAUGAUGCUUAAGCUUUCUGCUAGUUUCUCUUCUGUGAAAAGUCCUAAUGAACUCGAUAGAGGAUUAUAACAUCUCCAUAUAACACAUAACCCAAGCAAUAGAAUUUUAUAGCAGGAAUAUAAUUCUUGAUCAAAUUCUAUAGAAUGGUUUAGAAUGGUUAAAGAAAAGAUCUGUCUGUCAAAUUCAAUCAGGUUUUUAGCAUAACUUCAGUAGACUCCAAUGUAAACUCUCUGGACCCAUAUUGAUUUUUAUCUCUGUUAACAUGAAAGGAAAAGUUCUUUUACAUUAUAUUCAAAGUGCCUUACAAACAUUAAUCAUCUAAGUCUUUACACGAUUAAUAUAAGCCCAUAUCUUGCCUUUCCUAGAGAAAAAUCCCUAAAGGAAUACAAUACAAAUUGUUGUAAUGAUUUUUUUCCCCUGAACAGUUAUGUUGUAAUUUGAAUAAGUGAAAAAAAAUUGGUGUCCCAAGUACAUAUAAUAAAAUCAGUGCUGAA